AUGGACACAUCGUUCCCCCGUGAGGAAGCCCAAGCCCCGACAUCAGGCAAAGCUGAUGGUGCUGCCCCGACAGCCCUCAUGCUGGGAGCACCGAGCCCUCCACCUCAUGACCACCUGAUCUGGUCCAUCUUCAGUACAAUCUACCUGAAUCUGUGCUGCCUUGGCUUCCUGGCACUGGUGCACUCUGUCAAGGCCCGAGACCAAAAGGUGGCUGGGGACCUGGAGGCAGCACGGCGCUAUGGCUCCAGAGCAAAGUGCUACAACAUCCUGGCUGCCAUGUGGACGCUGGUUCCCCCGCUGCUGCUCCUGGGACUGGUGGUGACUGGAGCCCUGCAUCUGUCCCGGCUGGCUAAGGGCUCUGCAGCCUUCUUCAGCACCAAGUUUGAAGACACAGACUAUGACUGA